UAAACUCAACAAUUUUUGAAAAUAAAAAAAAAAAAAAAAAUGAAAACAUAGCCUAUGAAUAUAUUUAAAGGCUUGUUGCUAAAUUACUUAAAUUUUUUUAAAUUUCGAGACCUCCUCAUUCAUUUCCCAAGGAGCAUAUUUUGCUCAAUAUUUAAAAAACUAUAAAGUUUAUGAAUACCAAAAAUACAAUCAGUAAUGUCCUGAACAAACUAAAAGUUUUGAUACCAAGAUUGUUGAAAUCACUGACUGUGUGAUUGAGUUUAACGUGCCAAAUACAGAAAGGAGCAGGAGGAUCACUAUAGUGUGCUAUAUCCCUCUGAUUAUUACAUUUUAUGUGUGGAAUUGCUCACUAAAGGGGCGUUUUAGUCUAAUUUGGACAAAUCAGCAUCACAGAAAGAGACCCUGCAUAAAGGAGGAGGGCUGAGAAGUGAGCAAAGGGCGGUGGGGGUGUGAGCGUCUGCAGCCAAAAGCCCACAGCAGCUUACCCAAACUUUAUAUUAGGUCUGGCUGCGACUAUCACAUCAUCAGCUCUCUCUUGUUGGCAUUCUUCCUGGCAGCUUGAGUGAUUCCACGGAAUCCACAAGGGACUUCUCCUCAGCAAAACAUCUCUUCUGCUCAUCUGCCGUUAACGAGGAGUUUCUAUGAGGGUCUAUUCGGCCGAUUAUGGAGAACCACAAAAGCUUUUUGAAAUGAGAAGAGAGGCACCUCUGCUGAAGGAAAAUGCAAAAACCGUCCUUCAUUUUCCUAAUUAAUUUGCUCUUGAGUGUUUCUAUAAACCACGGAAGCUCAAAUAUUCAGAGGAGCAAGCGAAGUAACAACUGUCUGCCCGGAUGUGCAACCUGUUCUCCUCUGAACGGAUGUCUGUCCUGUAAACCUCGCUUCUUCUUCCACCUGGAGCAGGAGGGGAUCCGGCAGCGGGGCGUGUGUCUCACCUCCUGUCCCCGGGGUCACUAUGGCAUGCGCUCUCCACACGUCAGUGUUUGCAUCAAGUGCAAACCAGAUUGUGCCUCGUGCUUCAGUGAGCAUUUCUGCACACGUUGUCACCCAGGUCACUUCCUGUUUCAAGGGAAAUGUGGAAACAGCUGUCCACAUGGGCUGGCGGCGAACACGGAGCUCAGAGAGUGCGCAGAGUGUCCUACAGGCUGUGAGCUGUGUGUGAACAGGAAUGUGUGCAGAAGAUGCAGAGCAGAUAUGUUCCAUCUGCACGGCCGCUGCCACCACACCUGUCCUGGAGGGUUCACGCCUGACGUGCAGCUCAUGCAGUGCAGCCCCCAAACUCUCUGUGAGGUUGGAGAAUGGACAAGUUGGAGUCAGUGUGCUCCGAAAGGGGGCACUUGUUUUUCAGAAGGGAAGAGGAAACUCGCACUCGACAAGUCUCGAGUGUCCAUGCCGACCCCUGCCCUCUAGAGGUCAGGAAGUGUAUCGUCAAGAAAAGGAGUAAGCUGUGACGAGUUUUGAGAGAAAGAAAAAUAAACUUUAUUUCAACUGUU